GCGGCGGCGGCGGCGCCAUGGGCGAGGUGAAGGUGGCCGUGCUGGGCGGCAGCGGGGCCGGCAAAUCGGCGCUGGCGGUGCGGUUCCUGACCCGGCGAUUCAUCGGAGAGUACGCGUCCGGAGCCGAAUGCAUCUACACCAAACACUUGUGCCUGGAUGGGAGGCAGAUACACCUGGAAAUUUAUGACCCUUGUUCCCAGCCCCAGCAGGGGAAGCUGUCCCUGGCAGAUGAGCUGCACUGGGCUGAUGGAUUUAUCAUUGUCUAUGACAUCAGUGACAGAGCAUCCUUUGCCUUUGCCAAGGCCCUGCUCUACAGGAUCCGAGAGUCUCACAUAGGAGUUUGUAAAAAGAUGGUCGAGUCAUCAGUAUUUUUGGUUGGCAAUAAACAGGAUCUAUGCCACAUGAGGGAGGUUGGCUGGGAUGAAGGACAGAAGCUGGCAAUAGACAACAAGUGCCAAUUCUGUGAACUGUCAGCAGCAGAGCACUAUCAGGAGGUUGUGGCAAUGUUCACCAAGGUGCUGAGGAACAUCACUGCCAACUCCAAAGUGAAGGAGAAGAGACGAUCAAGCGGCUCCAAGUCAAUGGCCAAGUUGAUCAACAAUGUGUUUGGGAAGAGGAGGAAAUCUGUGUAAGAGAGGGUUAGUCCUGAAGUUGGAACAAGCUGAAAUAAUGGAGCUGAGCUCUUGGGAUUCACUGAAUUUCCUCCAAAGGUCAAUAUGUGGAGGAGUAAGACAGUAGAAACCAAAGGUGGGAGACAGUAGGGUCUAGACCUGGAAGAUCUGACCUUCUAUUUCAGCUCUGCUGCAGAUUUACUGUAUAGGGCAGUGCCAUUUAAACUGUGAGCUGUUCCAGAGGAGAGGUUUAGUCUGUAUUUAUUCAACACCAGCAUGGUCUUGGAUAGAGCUUCUAGGUGCAACUGAGGUAUAAACAGAUCUAUAAUUUCACAGAUUCACUUCUAUUGGAAAAGACCCUAAAGUCAUCAAAACCAGCCAUUAACCAAACACUACCAAAUCUACCACUAAACCACACAAUAUCCAGUAAACUCAGUCUUGCUGAUCAAAAUCUUACUUCAGAAUCCUCAGUAGGUUUUUUUUGUGUGUGUGCAAGAACAUUUGCACUAAGAAAAGCAAAAUACUGCAGGCUUCAUGUGGUAGUGUAUUUGUAUUUAACUCAGGUUCUUGUGUGCCUUACACUUGCUGAAAUUCAUAUGAAUUCAAUGCUUAGACACCAAGUCUACAAAAAGUAUUUACCUGCAGAGCUGCCUUGCAGAGGCACCAGAAGUAGGGAAGCAGACAGAUAAAGCAGUAUUGUCUCCUGUUUCAGUAUCUUUUUUUCUUUAUUCCAUGAGUGAUGAGAGAAAGUGGAGAGGGUUGAGGAGUGUGGGAGCUGAAAUGUUGGUGAAAUGUUACUCAGUGAGCGCUGGGCUGUUUUGGCAAGGUGGUUGUUGAGUGAUAUAAUUUUACAGCAAGGGCCAGGAUAAGGCUUGGGUUCAUCCCUUCCACAGAGCAGCUUUUGUCAGCUCCAACAAAAGUUUCAUUAGCUGUAAGGUGGGUGUGACUGCUCAACCUCAGAUGGCAGCAGCAGCUUGGAAGGCACAUGGUAAGGAGCACAGGUUCUGCAGGAUAUCUGCCUGGAUUUAAAGGUCAGCCUGCUGGUGAGACCUGUGCUCACAGAGAGUGUUUUUCCUAAUAACCAAUGUCCUCACAGCUACUCAUGGCUGUGGAAUUGAAAUGCCACAGAGAGAGCACCGAGUACCGCUGGUUACACUUUCAGAUGUGGAUAUUAAACAUCAGCUGGGUUUAAACGUGUUGGCAGUUGACAUUCAGAGCUCUUACUCUGGACAGCUAAAUAAGGGCUUAGCCCAGAGUGUUUGCAAGUGCUGUUCUCAUACAGAAAUUAUGAAAGGGAAGUGAUCUGAAGAUGAAUUGCUGCCUCCUACCCACUCAGGGGACAGCUGGGAUUCAGUCUUUGUGGGAUGCUGAGUUGGAGCCUACCUCUACUCUGAAAUUUUACCUGCAUUGAAACUAAAAAGUUUCAGCUUUUAUUUUUUUUUACUUUCAGUUUUUGAGUGUUCACCCUUAAGACAACAUAAAAAGGUUUAUAUAUAAUCUUAGCAGUAAGGUUGUAAAAUAGUACUAAAGCACAUUUAAUUGUGUUGACCAAAGAUCACUUUUUUUAAGCAAAAGGUACUGCUUAUUUCACUUGUUAUAAGACUAAAAAUAUUGGAAAUAGUUCUCAGUUGACAAGCACAGGGUUGCUUUGUUUUCCUGCAGAUGCUGCUCUGCCAUAUCAGGAGCAUUUUAAGUGUAUGGUCAAUAUCUAUGAGACUGAAUGUGCAGAUUACUCAUAUACACCCCUCAGAUUCCCAGCCCACAUAGGAUUCCAGAACUACCAACGGAGUUGUAGCUUUACCUUGCUCUAGCAAUCCCAGAUUCCAGAACUCUUACUUGUAUUUACUGCUCUGGUAUUAAAUAAACUGGAUAUAAGAUGGA